CUUGAAUUCAGAGCUUUAGGAGAAGUGGGUGGGAGAAGACACCCAUCCCCUGACUUGUACAUCAUUGUGAUGCCCACAUUUUGGUGCAAAGGAGCCCUUUCCUUCCCACCUGCCCAAUGGGGAGCAAGACAUCGGAAUGCCAUGGAGUCAAGUACUUUCUGAAUUAGCGCUAAGGGGCAAGUUAUUUUGAACUUGCAUCAGGACCAUUAAUGACCCCUUAGGGGUUUUUUCCCUUUAUGAUUAGCCUGGGUCUGGUACAAGAGUUCAGAGAAUAAAAGUGUAUGGUUUGAUCCAAAAUGAAAUGUUCCAACCACAGCCUUUAGUGACCUUCCCUUAUCCCCAGAUGGUUGGACACUGGGGGCUGAUUUUCUUCCUGCUUGGAUGUGCGCAAGGACGAAACAUUUGCUAUGACAGACUUGGAUGCUUCACAGACAAAGCCCCAUGGGGGGGCACUAUACAGAGACCACUGGGACUAUUACCCAUGUCCCCACAAAACAUAAACACUCGCUUCUUUUUGUUCACUAAAGAAAACCCUGAUAACUUCCAGGAGAUCAGCGCAUUGAAUCAGUCAUCUGUUUCCUCAUCCAAUUUCCAGCCCAAUAGGAAAACUCGUUUUAUCAUUCAUGGCUUCCUCAGUUCAGCAGAGGGCGGUUGGCUCAUGGACAUGUGUAAGACGAUACUGAAGGUUGAAGAUGUGAACUGUUUCUGUGUCGACUGGAGAGCGGGGUCCCACACCCUAUACACCCAGGCAGCCAAUAACAUCCGUGUUGUGGGGGCCGAAGUGGCCUCUUUUAUUGGCUUCCUCUCCAGCAAUUAUAAUUACUCUCCAUCUGAGAUACAUAUUAUUGGUCACAGCCUGGGGUCCCACACUGCAGGGGAAGCUGGGAAGAGGGUACCCGGCAUUGGGCGCAUUACAGGCCUGGAUCCAGCUGGGCCCCUAUUUCAGAACACCCCCCCUGAGGUGAGACUGGAUCCAACUGACGCUGACUUUGUAGAUGUCAUUCAUACAGACACAUCUCCGCUCAUUCCCAAAAUAGGUUUUGGAAUGAGCCAGUCAGUUGGCCACCUGGAUUUCUUUCCCAACGGAGGAGAAACCAUGCCCGGGUGUGAGAAGAACAUAGUAACCAAACUUCUACACAUUAAUGCUCUUUGGGAAGGGUCUGAUAAUCUCUUGGCGUGCAAUCAUCUCCGGAGUUACAAGUAUUAUACGGAGAGUAUCCUCACUCCUGAUGCCUUUGUUGCUUUUCCCAGUGAUACAUAUGAAGCAUUUAACAAGGGUUCUGGAUUCCCAUGCCCCAGUACUGGUUGCCCUUUAAUGGGGCACUAUGCGGAUUUGUAUGGUCGGGGCACAUUAAACGGCCUGUCAUUAUUCCUCAAUACUGGAGAUGUUAAGCCCUAUGCACGCUGGAGGUACAGGGUGGCCGUGAAGACCAGUGGCACUAUGAAUAAUCUGGGAUAUAUUAACGUGGCAUUACAUGGACUUAAAGGGAGCACUGAGGAACAUGCGAUUGCAAGUGGGUUAAUUAAACCAGGAGAGACCUACACAGCCUUCAUUGAUGUUGAGACCAAUGUCGGACCCCUCACAACCGUGAGCUUCAAGUGGACGUAUUGGAGUCUUAUCAACCUCAUUCCAAACACAGUGGGCGCCAGCACAAUAUCCGUGCAAUACGGGAAGGACGGGCAGAUGUACCAGUUUUGUUGCAAAGAGCAGGUCAAGGCCAAAGUGCUCCAGAACCUGACUCCCUGUCACUCCCGACUCUCAACCAAAUAAAUCAUUUUAACAAAUAAAAUAUUUUUAUCCCAAUACUGACCACUAAAUAAAAAAAAUCUAAG